AUGAACCCGAUUCAUAUCAAGAUCGGAGUAGCUAUUGGAGGAUUUGUACUUAUACAGUUAUAUAGUUACUUUUCUCAAAAAGAAGAUUCAUUAGAAAAAUUUGAAGUGCACCUUAAACGAGUUAAAAAACUUUUUGAUAAAGUAAACAAUUCAGAACAAGAGACAAAUGAAGUCAAAAUUGACGAACUUAUAGUAGAUAUUAAUCAAAUCGAGAUAGGUAUUCGUCAAAUAAUGUUUUUAAAACUUCUGCAAGAGGAAAAUGGUCAAAUUCAAGUGGAAAUUGAACGAGUUCAACAGAAAAUUAAUCAAGUUCAAGAAAACAAGAAAAAAAUUAAAAAUUAUUAUAAGAUUUUCUAUCAGAUCUAUCAGAAAGGUAGUAUUAUAGGUUGA